AUGUACUUCACGCAGUGACUCCCGUCGGUCUCUUAUUCCGUCCCAUACCCCACUCGUCAUGGAAUGGAAUAUGGACAGACGGCACACACAGACAUACACAGUCACUUGCCAUCAACACAGACAACGAAGCACUCAGGUCAAGUCAGGUCAGGGUUCGGUGGACGACUCACCCAACACGAAUCCCUAACGGACACGGACGACUGCCGAGCCACACACACACGCACACACAAGACGGGUUGAUGUGUAACGAUGCGCCCGUGGCCACGGCACGUACAAACAUGAACAGUCGAUCGCGAUGUAAUGAUAACGAGCUACGGACACUCAAAUGGACAAACGAUGCUCACGAGCAGCACACGUGAAUGCAAUGGACAGACAUGCAGACAGACAUGCAGACAGACAGACAGACAGCCAACCAGACAGACAGACAUCCAGGCCAAUCAACACACACUAUCCCCACACGCCUACCCACAGGGGAGGCACCCUCAGAAAAUGAGAGGCUCCCCGGGCACGCGUGUAUCUCUCUGUAGACUUAAUGAAAGAAUAAUGACGCACACGCCGCAGGCAGACGAGUGCAGGCAGUAGGUGCACCACAGCCAGCGGGUCGAAAAAUCACGCAUUCUCUAUGUCUGGCUGUCUCGUCUACCUGCUGCACCCCCCACUCAGAGCACAGCACCUAUCAUCCCACUCGCUCUUCAAGGGGGGGCAAGGUAGCGCGCCGUUGGGUAGCCCAGAGCACAUACAGUCAGGCAUCGUGUUCAUCUGUUCGAAGCACUUCUUCGCGCAGGCGAGAGGCUUCAAAAAGUCGGGGAUUCCGACUGCCAUGCAGCCUCCGGCCUGACGGACCGCGUCACAGGUCUUCGCGCACGCCUGAACCCACACUUCCUGGAUCUUCCUGUCGCAGCAAGGACUACUUGGCCCGCAGCCGGUGGGAGGGGGUGGGGGGGGAUUGGGCGCGGGGGGAGUGCCCCCACCACGGCAGCAGGGAAUCACUCCGCCCAGCCAUCCGCACAAGUACUGGGGACAGUAGCGCUGCAGCACACGCCUCUUUCCUCCAAUGGCAUCGUCGGCAGCUGCAGGUAGGAACACACACACACACGGAGACAAAGAGUGAAUGGACUCCCGGAGAGAGUCAGCUCCGCUGCUUCUUUCUGAGGAACGCUCACCAUUGGAGUUGGUGUCGAUGACGUCCGUCGAGGCAUUGACGGGAAGAGGCACCUGAAUACACACACACACCGACAGACACACACACAGACAGACAGACAGACACAGACAGACACAGACAGACACAACAAAGAGGGAAGGAAGCCGUCUGAGCGACACCUCAAUCACUUUUGUGCGUGGGCGUUUUGCCUACCGUCGUCGCAUUGAAGGCGCCGUCACUAGCUAGUCCGUCCAAAUCGGUCGAAGCGGCGCGGAGGGCGGGGCCGGCCAUCACAGCAGCAGCCAGCAGAAGGGCGCUAACAAGGCACAGCAGAGUCUUCAUGGUCGCGAGGUCACAGAUGGAAACGAGGCCUCAAGUGGUCGAAAUAGACUUCGUCGUUCGGUGACAAGACAAGAUGCAAGAGGCCGUCGGUGGAGCAG